UAUGUCGGCUGUACAUAGAGCUUCGAUCGUAUGUAGUAGCGUCGAAUAGGGUCUGCUUUAUGAUAAAAGAUGUUUCGCACUGAAAAGAGAAGCAGAAAGUGUAAUGAAUGGCAAAGACAGUUCAGGUUGAUUCACCAGAAACUGUGUAUCUCGCACGUCAACUUCCAGAAGAAAGCAAUAGCUGGUUUCACUGAACUCUCACUGUUGGCCAUCAAUUCUACACUAUCUGUUGUUCACUUGAACUCCCGGAAGUUAAGAAUCACGGGAAUUGGAGCUUGUUGCAAUGACAAGCAGUUUGAUGUGCAGUGUGAGCUACAGGAUCCGUUGGAUAGCGUGUAUUCGAGGGACAACGAGAAGCGGAGUUUAGAUUACUACACAGCUUGUUACAAGACGACACUCAAUUCCGUGGAUGCAGAUGUGGGAAUGGGAGAGCUCUUUGUUUACCUUCCCGGAGCAUUGCAGGAAGAGAUCCAGUGCAGUGAGAGUGGUAUGUUUACUUUGAAGGUGAUGUUUCUCACUGAGCAGUCGAGUGGAGGACUACACUUUGUUGCUACGGAAGGAAACGAUGGUUCCCACAUGUUCGUCUCAGGUGGAGCAGCCAACUCUCGGCUCUGCUUUCCUUGCCUUGAUUCGUACUUUGAGUUAUGCACGUGGGAACUAGAAUUUACAGUCAACUCUGAUAUGGUUGCAGUGAGUUCAGGUGAUCUGAUAGAAACAGUAAUGAAAGAAGAUCAAUCUAAGAAGACGUUUUGUUUUUCUCUUGACGUCCCUACUGCAGCUCCUCGCAUAGGAUUUGUUGUGGGACCCUUUGAGAUUCUACCAAAUCCUGCUGUGCCAGAGAUCACACAUUUCUGCCUUCCAGGUCUGAUGCCACUACUAGAAGACACAACAGCAUUUUUCAAGGACGUGUACGGAUAUUUUGAAGAUGUACUGAGUACGAGAUUUCCGUAUUCAUCAUACAAGCAUGUGUUUGUUGAUGAGGCGUUUGAUGAAGCACAAAGCUAUGCAUCUCUUACCAUCUUGAACACAAAUCUGUUGCAUUCAUCACGGAUCAUUGAUCAAGCAUUCAAGACGAGACGGGUGUUGGCAAAGAGCUUGGCAGAACAAUACUUCACAUGUUAUUUGAGCUGGGAAACAUGGAAUGACUGGUGGCUUCCCACUGGAAUAAACGGCUAUCUCUACGGUCUGUACAUACAGAAGGCAUUCGGACACAAUGAGUAUAAUUUCUGGUUGCGAGAACAACUUGCUGCAAUCAGCAAAGCAGAAAGGCAACCACCAGGGCUUCCACCUUUGCAUACAAAAUCACUAACAAAAGGAGCAUCUGUUGACCCAAUGAUGUCAUCACUCGAACACAUUCACGCUCUUGCCAGUCGUUCACAUUUUGUAAUGCGGCUGUUGGCAGUGAAAAUUGGGCACGACUUUUUGCUACAGAUUUUUAAUAAGUUGCUGUCGCUUGCGUCAAACGUAGUGCAGCAGUCCAAAGACAAUGACUGGGAUUCUUUGCUUGUGUCAACGCAAGGCUUUAUCAAGAUGCUGUCGACGGUGUCGGGGAAGGAUCUACAAGUUUUCUUUGAUCAAUGGGUCUAUCGCAGUGGAUAUGCUCGCUUUAGCUGCCAAUUUGUCUUUAAUCGUAAGCGAAAUAUCAUUGAGAUUGAGCUACAUCAAGAUGUACCAAGUGGCUCACAGAAAUUUGUGGGUCCACUCACCGUCUGCAUUCAAGAACUCGAUGGCUCAUUCAAGCACGUAAUCCAGAUCGAAGACACGCAGUCGCGUCAUGAGAUUGCCUGUCAUUCUAAGAGCAGAAGGAAUAAGAAGAAGAAAAUUCCUUUACACAGUGGGGAAGAGGUGGACAUGGAUCUGUCUUUGACAGAUACUGAUUCGCCAGUGUUGUGGGUGCGGUUCGAUCCUGAUCUUCACUGGUUGAGAGAGUUCCAUAUCCAGCAGCCGGAUUACAUGUGGCAGUUGCAGUUGAAAUAUGAACGAGAUAUUAAUGCGCAGUUGGAUGCCUUUCAGGCCCUUGAGAACUACCCAUCUACCUCUGCUAGAACAUGUUUGGCUGACAUUAUAUCUGAUAGUCAUUGUUUCUUUCGAGUUCGGACUCAGGCAAUCCAUUGUAUGGCCAAGUGCAUUACGGCGUGUUCAUCGACGUGGGGUGUGCCAUUUAUUUUGAUCAGCAUUCAUCGGAACUUGUUUGGCUCUUACUCUUGUCCGACUAUUGUGAAGUUGAAUGAUUUCUCGGAUUUUGCAAUGUACCUUAUUCAAAAGGAAUUUCCUAUUGCUAUUGCCAAAAUACGAAGUCAGCACAAACAGUCACCAAGAGAUGUUCUUGUCUUUCUUCAAGAUCUCAUCAAAUACAAUGACAACAGAAUAAACUCAUACUCAGACUGUUAUUAUGUGAGCAGUCUUGUUGAUGCUUUGAGUCUCGUCAUUACUCCAGCCGUUGCUAUAGCUGGAACACCUUCAAAGCCAGAAAUAUCCAACUUGUCUGCAGGUUCUGCAGAUGCUCAGAUUGUGGCUAAGGAAGUUGUCGAGCUUCUUAACCUUGAGAAGCUUCUUCCUUCGUAUCGCAACUGUGUGACUGUCAGCUGCUUGAAAGCAAUCAGGAAGCUUCAGAAGAAUGGCCAUUUACCUGCCAAAAGUCAAGUGUUUCAUCUCCAUGCACAGGUGGGUUUGUUUGAGGAUGUGAGAUGUGCAGCUUUAGAGUGUUUGGUAGACUUCGUACGUGUGGAAAAGAGUGCGAAGGAGCUUUUGUCUCUAUUGGAAAUAUGCAAGAAUGAUCCUGUUCCAUACAUCAGGUAUUACGUUCUGAAGCUACUUGCAGCUUAUCCGCCAUUUAGACGAAAGGAUCAGUCGCCGCUCAAUACACAAGAGCUAGUGCACAAACUGUGGGACCUAAUGGGGGUUGCAUCAUCGGUUGAUACUCGAAUUCGAGUCACUGCUAUCGAGCUUUACAGCACUUUGUAUGGGAAGUUGACACCAUCAUGUAUGCCAGACCAAGGGUUGGGUGUGGUGAUUGAUUUGAAGGCACGACAAGCUGUCACUAGAAAGUCAACAGCUCAGACACCCGAUGCUGCUGCCCAUCUCAAGUCUAUUGCCCCCAAGGCUAUGAAGCCAACUCAGAGUGCGACACCUCCCAAGUCUCAAGCAUCUUUAUUUGGCACCGUUAGUUCAGCUGGAGCAACAGAGCAGAGACCGCCAAUGCGACCAGUGUCUCCAAGGAAGGCACCUGCUGCUGUAAAGAGCCAUCCAAUUCCAAAGAAACAGAGUGUAUCACCAGUACAAUCACUUCAUCGUCCCAUAAUUCCUCAGCCUGCUGUGCCACAACCAACCAGUAUAGCCACUCCAGUAAAACCACCAAACAACCCAGCACCAGUGAUUUCCACCAAUACCUCCACUUCCUCAAUAACAACUGUUCCAGUUUUGCCACCAGCAAAGCCACCGGUUUUACCACCAGUCAAGCAGCACAAGCACAAACACAAGCACAAGAAGAGGAGCCAUCAUGAAGCAUUCGGAGGCAGCAAACCACCAGAAAUGAAGUCAGCCCCAUCAGUUAUAUCACAGACGAUUGCAGUACCAUCAACCCUUACUGGUCCGAUUGCUGCUGCAUUACCUCAAAGUGUUUUGAGUGGAAUGACUGUCAGUGCUGCUGCGAGCGUCGAACAGCCAAAGAAGAAACACAAACACGGUAAACACAAGGAGAAGAAGGAGGGCAAAGAGCACAAACGGAAAAAGCACAGACACAAGAAAGGUGAUGCCACGAAGGCAGAAGCUGGACUUCCAGCCAUGUUGCCUCCCUAAACAACAGACGAUUAGCUAUGUGUUUGUGCACUAUAGGCAUUGUGCAUACUCACAUAAAAUGUUACUAAGAAAGUUAGAAGUAUAGUAGAUGUCUAGAGACUAAUAAUGUAAAACUGGAAGUGAUGUGUCUAUGUAUUUAUUUAGGUGUGAUGUACCAGUAGCACUGCUGUUAUUGAAUGUAUUGCAUAACUGUAAAAUGUUACUAGUAGGUUGCUGUAUAUAUAUUGGGUUUGAAACUGUA